AGGAGGGAGGUAUAGGAAGAAUAAACUACAGGGACUGACGGAGACAGCGCAAUAUCCAAACCUUAGGAGCAUGGAAUGCAGAACCUCAUACAGGAGAUACAGAAGUUGGAACUGGAGACAGUCAAACUUGUGAAAAAUGUCACUUCUAUAGAUAUUGUAUGCAGGGAGAUGCAAAAGGAACAUCCAGCAUAGCAAACAACUAAUAAAUGCAACCAGAGGUGGAGAAGAAUCCAGGAGUGAAGAAAUACUGCACUGAAGCAAACUACAGUCCAGAGAACUGAGCAGACAGUGCAAAAGAGAGCAAGACAGCCUUCUCUGCCCUGGGAUAUUUGGAGGAUUCUUUGGUCAGACAGACCUGUAAAGACUCUCCUGGGACAGUGGUGUCUCCCCUGACCUUUACCUUGGAGAAGGAGUGUACUCUCCCAGUGUAUAAUCUAUCAGUCUGCAGUCAAAGGAUAUUGGAUAAACAAUUUAUCAUUAAAAAGAUCAACCUAACUCAGUUAAGAACAAAUACAUCCCAGCAAUGUUUGCUUGCCUCAGUGCACAUAAGAGAUCACAUGAAAGAAGAAAGGGAUAAAGACAGAUUUGUACAGAAGGUAUGACUCAAGUGAUGGUGGAAAACACAUAUAGGAACAGGGAAUAAUGACAUGCCUGUUCUGAAUAUUGCAUUCACCAUGCACCCAGUGCUGAACAAUUGCACAGCGCUGUGAUCGCUCAAUGAAGUAGAGACCCUAAUAAGACUGCAGCAUAUUGUGGUGUGUAAGAAGCCAUAGCAGGGCUGCAGCCUUCCAGAGACUGGGGAUACAGAAGACUAGAGAUGGCUGAUGGUGACCUGUGAAGAGGAUGGAGACAGAGCCUCGACAUUUCCUGACUUACCUGAUACUCCUUUUAGCUGUAGGAUUUUACCCAGUGGGAGCUGCACAAAGAGGGAGCAACAAUGGGGAAGCUGCAUCGGAUUCUUCUCCUUCUGCCCUCGGCACUCUUCCUUAUUUCCAGAUGGAACCAGAAGAUGCCUACAUUAUCAAAAGCAAUCCCAUUAUCCUCCGCUGCAGAGCCAUGCCGGCUAUCCAGAUCUUCUUUAAGUGUAAUGGAGAAUGGGUGCACCAGAAUGACCACUGGUUUGAGGAAAGCAUUGAUGAAGGCUCUGGUCUGAAAGUUCUAGAGGUUUUCAUUAAUGUGACCCGGCAGCAAGUGGAGGAUUUCCACGGCUCUGAGGAUUACUGGUGCCAAUGUGUAGCCUGGAGUAAUCUGGGGACCUCCAAAAGCAGAAGGGCCUCCGUGCGCAUAGCGUACUUGAGGAAAAAUUUUGAACAAGACCCUCAAGGAAAAGAAGUUCCCAUUGAAGGCAUGAUCGUUCUCCACUGUCGACCACCAGAGGGAGUCCCCACAGCAGAGGUCGAAUGGUUUAAAAACGAAGAGCCCAUUGACUCCCUUCAGGAUGAAAAUGUGGACACCAGAGCAGAUCACAACCUUAUCAUACACCAUGCACGUUUAUCUGAUUCUGGAAAUUACACAUGCAUGGCUUCUAAUAUUGUUGCUAAAAGGCGGAGUGCAUCAGCUACAAUUGUGGUGUAUGUGAAUGGAGGCUGGUCAUCAUGGCUAGAGUGGUCAGCGUGUAGCGUGAGUUGUGGUCGGGGAGUCCAGAAGCGUUCUAGGACCUGCACUAACCCAACACCUCUGAAUGGUGGAAUCUUCUGCGUAGGGUCAUCUAUGCAGAAAGUAAGCUGCUCCUCACAGUGUCCAGUAGAAGGACAAUGGAGGGAGUGGGGUGAGUGGUCAGUCUGCAGCCCCGAGUGCGAACACCAGCGUGAGAGGGAGUGCACAAUACCUGCUACAACCAAUGGAGGAAAGCCAUGUGACGGGAUGAGCCAAGAGUCGGAAAACUGCACGGAUGGAUUGUGCAUUCAAGAGAAAAAACCACUUCAUGAGAUAAAUCCUGAAAGCGCUGAGAAUGCUAGUGACAUUGCUCUGUACUCCGGUCUGGGAGCUGCCAUCAUCGCGGUGGCAGUGCUGGUGGUGGGAAUCACGUUGUAUCGAAGGAGCCAGAGCGAGUAUGGCGUGGAUGUUAUUGAUUCGUCUGCCCUGACAGGAGGCUUUCAGACUUUCAAUUUCAAAACUGUCCGACAAGGUAACUCACUUUUAUUGAACUCCUCUCUUCAACCUGAUUUAACAGUGAGCAGAACAUACAGCGGUCCGAUUUGUUUCCAGGACCCUAUGGACAAAGAAAUUAUGACUGAGUCUUCAAUAUUUAACCCUCUGGCAGACAUCAAGGUGAAAGUGCAAAGUUCCUUUAUGGUCUCACUUGGAGUGACUGAGAGGCCUGAUUUUCAUGGAAAGACACUUUCAGGGACCUUUCCGCAUGGUAACAAUAGGUGCUUCAAUACUCUACACAACCGAAAUAAAACCCCCUAUAUUCAGAACCUGUCAUCUAUUUCAUCCAAGCCCGAGAUGAGAGUUUGUGGAAUUUUUGGCCAUCAAGGAGGCCGGCUGGUUAUGCCAAAUACAGGGGUGAGCCUGUUGAUCCCGCAUGAGGCGAUUGCAGAAGACAACUCAUGGGAAAUCUAUCUGUCAGUCAAUCAAGGGGAACCAAGCUUGCAACUGGAAGGUUCAGAGAUUCUUCUGGGACCAGAAGUCACCUGUGGACCUCUUGAUAUGACCUUCUCUACUCCUGUGGCCUUAACCAUUCCUCACUGCGCUGAAGUAAGCUGUGAGCAUUGGAACGUCCGGCUCAAAAGAAGAUCACAACAUGGCAAAUGGGAGGCAAUUAUGUCAACCGAUGAUGAAACCACUUCCUUUUAUUGCCUUUUGGAUCCCUUUGCUUGCCAUAUACUAAUGGACAGCUUUGGCACUUAUGCGUUGGUGGGUGAACCUCUCACAGACUGUGCAGUGAAGGAGCUUAAAGUUGCUGUGUUUGGCUGUAUGUCCUGCAAUUCCUUGGAUUACAACCUGAGGGUUUAUUGUAUUGACAACACCCCAUGUGCAUUCCAGGAAGUGCUUACUGAUGAGAGGCAUCAAGGUGGACAGCUGUUGGAAGAACCAAAGUUGCUUCAUUUCAAGGGGAAUACCUUCAGCAUCCAGAUUUCUGUUCUCGAUAUCCCUCCCUUCCUCUGGAGGAUCAAACCAUUUACUGCAUGUCAGGAGGUCCCUUUUUCUCGUGUCUGGUGCAGUAACCAGCAGCCACUGCACUGUGCCUUUUCCCUGGAAAGAUACACGCCAGCCACCACCCAGCUGUCUUGUAAGAUCUGUGUCAGACAGGUCAAAGGCCAUGAGCUGAUUCUUCAGGUACAAACAUCAAUUCUGGAGAACGAGCGUGAAACCAUAGGUUUCUUUGCACCAGAGGACAACAAUUUCCUGGCGCACACUGGUCCGAAAGCCUUCAAAAUCCCACACUCCAUCAGGCAGCGGAUAUGUGCUACGUUCGACACGCCUAACUCCAAAGGAAAGGACUGGCAGCUGUUAGCACAGAAACUUUCUAUAAACAGGAACUUAUGCUACUUUGCAACAAAGAGCAGCCCAUCGGCCGUCAUCUUGGACCUAUGGGAAGCACGGCAUCCUUAUGACGGAAGUUUGGAUUCUUUGGCAUGUGCAUUAGAGGAAAUAGGGAGGACACAAACCAAACUGUCACUGGUAUCAGAUACUCAUUCAGAGGAUCCAGACUUCUCCUACAGCAGGCAGAAUGGACUUUGAGACAAUAUGUUUGUCCUGAAUUGUGGAGGCCUAUCUUCAAGCUGGAUCCCAGUCUUUUCCUGAGAAGACAGAAAGCAAGAGGAUAAAAUGGCGACAUCCUUUGUUUUGUACUUCACAAGUAAGGAUAAGAAGAUAUCUAUGAUAAGGACAGCAGGGCUGAAGACAAGUAGCUACUCUACAAAUCAGCUUUGCAACAUUCUUUAAAGGAACCUUAUUUGUGCAAAAAAAGGUCUCCAGAAAAAGCCAUCCACCAGCUUGGGUAUUUGGAAGCCUAGACACUAAAAGCUUCCUUUUUCCCUGUGGGCAAACACUUACCUUUGAAAGAAUGUGGUAUUUGGUUAUUUCAAUCACCAAUUCAAGGUCAGGAUGGAAAUAGAGAUGAAGUAUCACCAUAAAAGAACAUGUUACACUGUAUAAUGAUGCUAAGUAGACUCCUUCUGUAUACAGCUUCCCCAAGCUGCUUUGCCUUAGAGAGAAUAGAAUGCAAUAGCCAACACAACUGAUAAUCCUUGGCAUGUAGAUUUUGUGUGAUGUCUCUGCAGGACCAAAUCCCGUUGUACAAUGCAAAGUUAUUACUGCUACCAGUAAUCGCAUCUGUUGGCCAAAGUCAGUGUUUGCAGGUUAGCAUUUGUUUCACAGAUGUGUUUUUCAGACAGCGUGUAAAUAUAUUGUGCGGAGUAGUUGACUAUCAAUAGAAUCAGAAGUGAAAAACAAACACUCAAAGAGUAUAUGUCACUUGUUCAUAAUACAGGUAUUUUCUUAAGUUGAACUCUAUUCUGCUAACAUUUAAAGACAUUUCAUAGCUGGACAUAGAUCAAUGUUGGUUGAGUCCUCUCACUCCAACAGGAUCGGUCAUUGAUGUAAGGUGCCCUCCCAAAUGUCCCUUGACUGUAGAUCAGGUAUGUUUCAAUAUAUUCAAGCCUUUGUUGUAGUAGGGCUGAAGAUGUUUUCAGAAAUGUCUGCACAAGGCAACCCUCCCACAUGCUUAGCAUGUCGAGAAAGAUAGCAGUGUUUAGAAAGAGCCUUCAACCAUAAACCAUCUAAUAUGCAUUGCCAGCUUUCCUGAUGUCACCAGUUCUUGAUGAAAUUUUAUGACAGUAUAUACAAUCAUUAUGUUGACUAUAGGCUUGCCUAAUAGGUAGGUCAAGACAAUAGCAUGGAACAUCUGUGGUGUCAUCUUAUUUGCUAGAAUGCAAUUAAUAGUGUCCUCUCAACACUGGAUUUAACAUCUUAAAUUUCAAUGUAAGUUUGUAUUUUUGGCGUAAGUCUGCAUUUUUGGCCCAAAUAUUAAUGCAACAUCAGAGGUUGAGAAAGGGGAAACAUCAGGACUGAAAAUAGAGAAGUGAGGUAAAAGUCAGACAAGAUAUUUGCUUGUCAUUUGCUUGGGGCUUUAAUAUUUUUUUCAAGCACCUAUUGUUAUGAACGUGAUCUCUCCAUUCAUAAAUAGCCCUAGCUAAGUAUGAUGAUGUCUGACCUCUUCCUUAGCGUGAGAUAGUUUUCUUAGUUCAGUAUAGAAAAGCUACAGUAUUGUUCCCAAUAAAGAUACAGUAAGUCUCAACACUACUAUGAAAAUUGGUAAUGUCUUAAGACUAACUCAACCACGCUAUUAGUAGUGGUGAAAUUGCACAAGAUGCCAUAUGUAUCACGGUUAAAACUGUUAACCCACUGUGUAUCAUUAAAUACAAUGAGUCCUUAUUAAACAUGGGCUACUUUUACAACUACCACAAAAAAACUGCUAUUUGUAGUGUCAUCUUAGGAACCAUAACUCUUUGUACAGUAAUUAAAGAAACAAUUUCUGAUAGUAGUAGACAACAUAUGGCAUAAAACAAUGAUGCCACAGAUGAAGAGUGCUCCACAAACAAGUAAAAUACUGCAUAUAAUCUGAACAUAGAGAAGACCACCCAAUACUACGUGCUAAGGAACAAUAGACCUUCUCCAGAUCUACGCUACAAUCUUACACAACAUGAACAGUUUUAUUGAUAUGAGGAAAACACAAGGGCUAAUACUGAGCCAUGCUGAAAUGAUCAUACCAAGUAUUUAAUGCACAAUGACUGGAAUCAGAUGUGUUAUUUUAGCUAUUGGCAUAAUACAGUUUACUUUAGAUAAUGUCCAAUGCAUAUCUGCAGUUGGCAUAACCCUCAACAACUAGAACUAUUGAGUUGUAAAAAAAAAAUAGUCCCAAAUUAUGUAAAGGAAAUUGGUUGUAGAUAAAGAAGUCAUUAUCUUAACAAAAGAGAUACCCUUCAGGUCUAUAGAGCUAUAAAGCUACUUUACAUAGAAAAGUCACAUGUAAGCAUUAAGAGUCUUUCUAAUAUCACUAUAACUUCUAGACACAUAAGCCACAAUAUUGAAAUGACUUAUCUGACAACAUAUUUGUAUGAGACUGCUGUAAUGAAGGCAUUCAUGACAUAGGCAUUCACUAAAAAAGUGCAAUUACGUUUCGUGAGAAUAAAAUAGAGACUUGUGCUAUGUCAAUUCUUAGUCUGGCUGCCUUCUUCCAAACCCAACACCAUUCUUGCCUUAGCAAAGUGUCUGGUUAAGCAAUGGAGGUUCAUUCAUGCCUAUGGGCAAUAGUGGGGCUGUUUAUGGAAGAAUGUAGCCAUGUAUUUCUAAUCUCAUACAACUCAUUGAUCAAAACUAAUAUGAUGUGCUAUGUUUAGAGCAGGUUCUGAGGGACAAUGCAUAGCUCAACCUUGUCAUACCCUGCACAUAUAGGCAAUGCUUCAAGGUUUAUUGAAAUCAUUUUGACUAUUUUGUUAAAAAAAUAUAAAAAAUAUAUAUUAGAAUAUAUAUAUAUAUAUAUAUAUAUAUAUAUAUAUAUAUAUAUAUUUCCACCAGCCAUACUUCAUCAGUGGAGGUAAUGAGGAUAGGAUACUUGGUAAGGUAACAUACCUUGACCAACUUGAUUGGACAUAAAAUAGAAGUCAAGUUGUGGAUCCUGUAGCAGGAGAAAAUGCUGAAUUCAAGGAUGCUGGAUUAACAUACUCCAGAAAUAGAUGCUUGGGUGUUUCUAGGUCAUGUUUACAAAACAGCAUGAAGAAACACCUGCUAUUGAACAUGUUCCAAAAACAAAAUAACACAUAACUUGCAUUGUAUUGAUAGUGCCUCCAAAGCACUGUUAAAGCAAUCUAAUUGUACCCCAUCCUACAUAUCCAAAUACAUAACCAUGCCCCAAGCUAAUCAAUAAAAUACUUCCGUAAAGUUCCAUAGUUCCCUGUUGUCUUGGCUACUAAACUAAGGCUGUUCUGUGGAAUUCAGCUUGAUGAAAGAAAUAUUUCAAAAUGAGUUCAAAAACAUCUGCACAAGUGAAGCUUUGUCCAGAAAAAAAAGAGAACUGUAAAGUAAAUAAAGGCUAUGGAGUAAGCAAUUGGACUUGUAGCUGUGUCCUAUAGAUUCAUUAAGCAUUGCAGUUUUUCAUGAACACAGUCCAACAAAACAUCACAUCUUGUUAACAAAACACUCAAAAGGCUUUAUUUACAUAACAAUCACUGAGUGUCACCAAAUCAUGAUGUUGUGAAAAGCUGGUCAUCUCAUAUCACUCAUGCCAGGAUAUGUUGCGUUAAGAGAUGAGUUAGGAAAGGGCACUGGAUAUUGAAUGGUCACUAGACUACAUGGUUUUGUUAAACAGCCUGUAAGCUGGUGAUGGCCUGAAGAGAAACUUUGAGGGUUUAGAGUUUUCCCAGCCCCCAGCUAUUUUAUUGAAGGUAUUCUUAUAAUGAUAUUAUUGUAGGUUGUUGUAAUGGAUGGAAUGACCUACAUUAUGAGGAAAAACCAUUAGUAGUGAAUCAAUACUUUAAAGGUGACUAUCAUUUAUUAGAACUUUUGACAUGCCAUAGUGACACUGUAUGUCAGAUAUUUCAAUUGGUGUAAGUAUUGGUGCUGGAACCCCCAUUGAUCCCUAAAUCUAAGAGACAGUUCUUUUCACUUCGCUCUCCCUGGAGAGCAGAUAGUGAUGUUUGGGCUCUAAAGACUUUACAACAACUUCAAUCAAAGCCAAUCAAAAAUAAAUGGGCAUAGCUCUCAGUUGAGCUCUUUUUCCCCUUCAUUAUAGUGAUCUAUGAGGGACUCUGCUCUACAAGCAUAGCCAAUCAAAAAUGAAUGAGCAUAGCUCUCAGCCAAACUCUUCCCUCUGUGGGGGUCUAAGCACCUACAUGCACCCUCCCUGAUCAAAACAUCCCCACUUACUAUGACAUAUGCUCAGUACUAUGUGGAAAUAUGUUGUGCCUUAGACAGUCCAAAGAGAAGUUGUCUCAAACACCACAAAAGAUCAUGUUUAUGUUAUAAUGUGACACAUCAUAAAGAGACAGCAACAUUUUAGUCCUUAUGGUCUUCCUAGAUUUACAACUUCAGAAAGUUCAUAAGCAUUGCUAUCUCUUUUUGACCCAUAAAUACUUUUAAACAUAACCUUCUGAGGUGCCUUGGAUCUCUUCUCUUUGGAUUCAACAAGGUGAUGUUGCUGAUCCAACCCCCCCAACCCCCCCCCCACAGAUUUAUUCAUAUAGACUCAUGAUUUCACUCAAAUUUCUUUAGACUCAAGCCUCAUAGAGAUAAAUAAUGAAUGGAUAUGCUGCUCACCAGAAAUUGGUCCAAGCCAGUAAAUCGUUCUUUGUGUAUUUGACAGAUGCUCUAGAUUAACAUUACACUUACUUUAUUUUGUGUAGACAAUUUUACCACAAUGCAAUUACAGUGAAACCUUCCCAAAAGACCACCUCUAUAAACAAACCACCCCCUUAUAUAAACCAUGUUUUGUAUAAUGGAUUUUCAGUCCAAUAUUCAAUAUGCAUAGUGGCCAUUUUCUUUGAGAAGACCACUCUUAUAAAAAGGAUUCAUUGGACAUGUAGCUUAUACGAUACAUACUGUGAUUCCAUUGAUUACAUUUCAAUUUUCUACAAAAAAAAACCAAAACAAAAAAUUUUUUACUAUUAUUUCUCCCUUAAAUCCACUUACAACCUACAAUGAUCUCAAAGAUUAUAGACAGUCAUGAGGUAUAUGUGUUCUAUUUAUAUGUUGUAUUUAAAAAAAAUAAUAAUAAUAAUUUUUGGCUUACUUCCCUUUCUAGGAUUUCUAGGAUUAGAACAGAAGUUUCUGAAAUCUUCUUUUUGUAGAAAGAGUAUUGUUCUUGUACAUUUGUUAUGCAUCUUAUUUCAGCUUUUCCCUAUUCAAGUGAAUGGUGCCAAGCUUCAAUACAAAACACAACGCAUGGAUAAGAGAAAAAAAAAAAGAAAAAGCUCAAUUUUAAAACUUGGACUGUUCUCCUUAACAUUUAAUAUGGCCCUGAUACUUGCUCUUUCAUUUGUUAAACUAAUGUUGUUUAAUAUCUACCAUGCUAUACAAUUCAGAUGUUUGACUGGAAAAAAAUUAUAAUAAUGAACCUUUGAUAAAUAACAAUAAGAAAUUGUUGACCAAAAUACUGACCCUUCAGAUUAAUUUGAGUAUUUUACUUUAUUUUCAUGUGGACCAAGGGGCUUUUUACCCACUUGGGGGGCAGGCACCAGACCAGACUCACAGGAAUAUUGAUCUUAUUCCCCUAAAGUAUCCUAAUUGGGAUAACCACACAGCUGAUGGUAGGAGUUGAUUCCUACCAAAUCAGAAGCAUUUAAUGUUACCCUAUGAUAAUGUAUGGUUAAACUGUCUAUUUGGUGAUUGUUUAUACCCUCAAUAUUUUUUCCUGUCUACAGGAAACCUUAUAUAUACCUCCCUUUUGAAUGAGAUUAAGAAAGACCUGGGAGUCUGAUCAGGCCUUAAAUGGUCCUGUUAAGGCAGGAUUGCCUCCCUUAAAAUGUUUAUUUUACCAGACCUUUUGGAUACCUUCCCAACAUUACCUAUUGAAUUUUGCCUGGGUCUCUAAGUGUAGAAUGGUGGGAUUUCACCACACACUAUGCAUUACAACAUCAAAGAUUAUUGGGUAUGCCCAAUAUAAAAAAUAUCAUCCAGAUUCACUCGCUAAGUGUAGGUACAUUGGGGGAGAUUUAUCAAAACCUGUCCAGUGGAAAAGAUGGCCAGUUGCCCAUAGCAGCCAAUCAGAUCACUUCUUUCAUUUUUCACAGGUUGCAGAAUGAAAGAAGCAAUCUGAUUGGUUGCUAUGGACAACUGGUCAACUUUUCCUCUGGACAGGUUUUGAUAAAUCUCCCCCAUAGGCUCCUGUGUGGGUCCAUAUUGCACCUAAGACAUUUCCCAGCUGCUUUGUUUACCUGGCAUCAUGGGCCCUUCCAAAGUGCAGAAACAUCAUUCUUUCUCCUUACUUUUCACAUCAUCUAGCUUUAUGUGAUAGCCCUAGAGCUUGUUACCCCCUUUAGUCCCCCAAAUGCCUGCAGCCUCUCUUCUUUAACCCCUUAAUGACGCAGAACAUAAAUGUACAUCCUGGUGAGGUGGUACUUAACGCACCAGGACGUACAUUUACGUCCUAUACAUAACCAUGAGCAUUGGAGCGAUGCUCAGGUCAUGCGCGGCACGCAAUCGCGCAGAUGUCCGCCAUUAACCUCUCAGGUGCCGUGAUCAAUACAGAUCACAGCAUCUGCAGCAUUGCGGUCACUAAAAUGGAUGAUCGGAUCGCCCGCAGCGCUGCCGCAGUGAUCAGAUCAUCCAGAAUGGCAGAUGGAGGUCCCCUCACCUGCCUUCACUGCCUUCCAUGGGUCUUCUGCUCUGGUCUGUGAUCGAGCAGACCAGAGCAGAAGAUGACCGAUAACACUGAUCAGUGCUAUGCCCUAUACAUAGCACUGAACAGUAUUACCAAUCAAAAGAUUGCUAUAAAUAGUCCCCUAUGGGGACUAUUAAGGUGUAAAAAUAAAAGUAAAAAAAGUUUUUAAAAAGUACAAAACAUUUUAAAAACCCCCUCCCCAAUAAAAAAAACUUUAAUUGUUACAUUUCCAUAUUUCACCCCCAAAAAGUGUAAAAAAAAAUAUUAGGCAUAUUUGGUAUCACCGAGUACGUAAAUAUCCGAACUGCUAAAAUAUAAUGUUAAUGAUAACGUUUGAUGAACGGUGUGAACGUAAAAAAAAAAAAAAGUCCAAAAUUGCUGCUUUUUUUUUUUUAUAACAUUUUAUUCCCAAAAAAUUUAGAAAAGAUGUAUUAAAAGUUGUAUAUAAGCAAAUAUGGUAUCAAUAAAAAGUACAGAUUAUGGCACAAAAAAUGAGCCCUCAUACCGCUGGUUAUAUGGAAAAAUGAAAACGUUAUAGGCCUUCAAAAUAGGUGGAUUUUAAAUGUACUAAUUUGGUUAAAAACGUUGCGAUUUUUUUAAGCGCUACAGUAAUAGAAAAGUAUGUUAUCAUGGGUAUCAUUUUAAUCGUAUUGACUCAAAGAAUAAAGAACACAUGUAAUGUUUACCAGAAAUUGUACGGUGUGAAAUUGAAACCUUACAAAAUUUGCUAAAUUGUGGUUUUACUUUUAAAUUUCCCCACACAAAAAGUAUUUUUUUUAGUAGUGAGUGAUAGCAUUAUAACGGACAACUGGUUGCGCAAAAAACAAGCCCUCAUACUAGUCUGUGAAUGAAAAAAUAAAACAGUUAUGAUUUUUUGAAGGCAAGGAGGAAAAAACAAAAACGUAAAAAUAAAAUUGUCCUUAAGGCUCAAAUGGGCUGAGUCCUUAAGGGGUUAAAACUCUUCUUUCCCUCCUGGUUUAACACCUUUGGCAUUUGACAGGACAAAUAAAUCAAUCUAUUAAGUCAAUUUAUGACUUAAUAGAUAGGGAACUAAGUCUGUUUCCCACUUUAGACUUUUCAUAGCCUUACAGAAUCAGAACAUUUACAAUACCAACAAAUAGCUCACUUAAAGGUGCUGUUGGAAGGUGCUGCUCAGAUGGUAUCUGGUUGAUGCCAGACUGGCAAGAAUUAUUCUGAUUUUGCUGGUGGGAAUGCUCAUGCAUUCAUAGAUACUAGAUAAGAUUGUCUCAUAUUCUCUAUUAUAGGAAUUAAUCUGCAAAAGAAACUAGAAAAGGUGCAUUUGAAUUCUCUGAUUUCAGGGGCACACAAGAAAAUUCAUCUACUUUCAUGGCAGCUAAGUUGGUAUUGCUAGAAGCUGGAAGACCCAAUCUAUUUAUUGGAGUUGGUUACGAAUAAGCUCAAUUGGAUUAUGGCUAACAAGAUAUUUACCACUCUUCUUAAGGAUUCUUAGGCACAGUUUGACACAACUUGGCAGCCUUAGCCAAUCAUUUUGCCUUAGCAUAUGAAGGAUUUUCUUUUUCCCUUGUUCACCCCAUAUUAGUCUUGUCUGUCUUUCCCUUUUGUACCUGUCCUCCCUGUGAUUUGGCUUAUUGCUUCUCAUUGUGUCUUUGUUAGUUGGGUUUGCUCCAUUAAUCACAUUGAUAUUUUGGUUUUGGAAAUUUUUGAUCAAUUAUUUAUUUGUUUUUUUAAGCACAGUAUAUUUCUGUAAAUUUUCUUUCCUU